AUGGUCACACCACCUACUCAUGCCAUUCCUAUCCUGUGCCGCAUGGUGGAGGACUCCACUCUUCCUAGGAACUUUAACAAACCUUCUACCUCAUCUGCGCCACCUCCUAUUCCACCGCACGCCGCUACUCCACCGCCACCUAUCCCAACUCCAUAUGCUCCACCAGCAGCACCUGUGCUGGUACCACAGGCCCCAGCUACUCGUAUGCCUCCUCCUACUCCAGCUUCGCCUGAUUCGCCAGCAGUGUCUAGUAGUGUUUUUAAGGAGGAGGAGAUUGCUUCGAGAUCUGAUGAGGGCACUCCUUCCAAUGCAUUUGGUGAUCUUGGGGGUAGCUAUUCUGAUUAUGAUGUCGACGGGUCUACCAAGGAAGAUUAG